UUCACCUGAAGAAAGAAAGGAAAUGCAAUUUUUGUUGCGGGUAUUGACUGGCUUUCAUGCUAAUUCCGCGUGUAAUUAAAGUUUGUUUUUUAUAACCCUCCGGUGUUGGUGACUAGGCAAUGUAGUCUGUGAUAGAACUGUAUGUUUCCAGUUAAAAAAAUGUCCAACACCAGAUUCACUCAGGAAGAGGCGCUGCCAAAAACUGGAAGAGUUAACGAAGUUUGCCAGGAAUGGAUGGUACGUGAAGACUCUGCCUUGGCUUACCGGCUUCAAAACGAAGAAUUCACCGAUCACCUAUCGGGUAAUCGAUUCCGAAAUGCGGUUGUAAGGGAAGACUUUCCGCGGGCCAAGAAUGAGCAGCAAAAAGAGCAGGAAAUGGCCGAACAAGCGGCAGCUAUUUACCAUCGGAUGUUGCAAGAACAGGAAGAACACGACAUAAAAGUGGCCAAAGAGCUGGCCGACCGGCUAGAGCGGGAAGAAAGAAUGAAGAAGCGGGCAGUGGAAAUGCGCGACCAGGACAUCGCUAGACAAAUGUUGCAAAACGAGCGGCUCAAGGUUGAAAGGCAUCAGCAGCUUCUUCCUCAACCAGUGCAUGCUUCGCCUGCCAGGCCUAAGCCGCUUUCGCCGCGUUUAACGAAGGAACAGCCCAAUUUGCCCCAUUUACCAAGGCGGCAAGGCUUACCAAUGCCAUUGCCUACCGAAAAUGGUCUUCCCAGAACUUCCCUUCUGGACAAGAGGCCGGAUUUCUAUACAUCCGCCAACAGUGCAGAAUUGUAUACUGAGCCCUACAAACCAUCUCGGCAAGUGGAAGACGUCAAUCGCAUUGAUGUUGUUCCGGACGAAGAUGAUUUUAACAUCUCCCUCAGCCAGCUUACUUUAAGACAAAUCCAGGAGGAAAAAGACGCCGAACUGGCCCGCAAGCUGCAAGAUGAAGAAGGAAACAUUGAGGACACGAUUUUGAAUAGGGACCGCAUGAUGGCCAUUGAGGCCCAGGACAAAGAGCUGGCCAAGUUGCUUCAAGAAAGAGAGAGAGCGAAAGCGAAGCGCGCCCGAGAAAGAGCCAAGCAAAAGGCGUUGUCCAAAAAACAGCAGCAGCAGGAUUCUGGGCCUGUUCCAGACUCGCUGCCUUCAACAGCUGGGCAGAUUUUGCCGGACGAUUCAUACGCUCUUCCGGCCGAUCUCAUCACACAGUCGGUCUCCAAUGUUCCCAGAAACAUCUCCGCAGUGCCAGACAUUUACAAUGUUCCGAAUCCCGAUGAGGAGGACAUUAGCUACAGCCUGCCAGCUGAUGUGGUGGGAGAUCGGGAACAAUUAGGUGCGCAGGGUUUCAGCCCGAGGAAAACCCCAUCAAACCCCACCCCGGAAAAAGUGAUGGGAGGCGGCGCAAGGCCAACCCAUUUAGAACUAAGGUCCCCUUUGAAUCGCAUUGCUAAGCCGCGGAUGCCGGAACCUGAACCCAGUGAGGGCACGGCCAAUACCAGCAGCGGCAGCCUUUCAGGAGGCACAUCCCCGCUGCACUCAAACAUAGCGAUGGCUAUCGACCCGACUUAUUCCAGGCGCGGAGGGGCUUAUAGGCCUCCGUCUAGUUAUGACACCACAUCAAGUACAGUCACAACUAGCACUUCGAGUAGCAGCCCCGGAUUGUUGGCCCAUUCGCUUGAAUUGGCCGAGAAUGAUGAUGAUGACGAUAGCCCGGCGCCGCCCUACAUGCCAAUUCAGGGCCAAAGGCGGACGGCGUCGCUUGAGAAGAAAAAAAAGAAGUUUAAGGACGGGGGCUGCAAGCAGCAGUGACUUCGAUAGGAACAUGACGUAAUUAACUAAGGUAAGUAGUAGGGAAUAACGCGAAUAUUUACUUUGAAAGGUCUGAAGUCUUGUACUUGACUGUAGAGCUAAGUUACCUUAUUCAGAAAUUGCGAUCCGAGUUUUACUAUUUACUCAUUUUUUUUAAUUCGAAGGUGGGCAUUUAAUGAAAGUUUUACUUAACUUAUGGUGCGCUGUUGAAAUGCAUUUAAUUGGCAUGUUUUCUAUUAACGAAUUUCUUCGGUGGUCCAAUAUUUCAAUAUACCGACUGUUUGCAGUUACGUUUUAUACUCUAAUAUUUUGAUAUUAAAAUCAAAAGCAAUCAUAUCAAACUACUUAUAUUAACAUUUUAUAUAUCUAGUCCUUUAAGUUGAACCAAGGCACCUUAUACCAUAUGGGCCUCUAGCAUGCAACAAAAUGCGAAGUUCAUUAAGGUUUUUAAUAGUCCAACAUAAAUGUUCCAUGCUAGACGUCCGUAUUCUAACGCACUUAAUAUAAUUAAUUACCUUAA